CUGUCAGUUUUUGUCUGUCGUCGGUGGACUGUGUUGUGGUUUUCGGUGCUCAAAAAUGUAUUUCGAGGCCUAAGCCCAAAUACAUUGUGUUAACAAUGAAAAGUAGUCCCAGUCGUAAAUAUGAGAGUUUCACCAACGAGCAGCAAGGGAAGGAAACGGAUAAAUACUCGCUAGACAGUCAAGACACCGCCAGUCUGCACUCCAACCCGGAGGAGCGGCGUGUGAUCGACGUGGGAGUCGGCGCCGGCGACAUGUGGAUCAGCGCCGUAGAGGGCUCCAUCCUCACUUGGGAGGAGGUGGCCGACCGUCUCCACGUAGACGUCCGCCGCGGUCUAUCAUGGCGGGAGGCGAACGAUCGAAUGAACUUCGUGGGUCCCAACGAGUUCCAGGUCAAGGAAGAGGAUCCGCUGUGGAAGAAGUAUAUCGAGCAGUUCCAGAACCCGUUGAUACUGCUGCUACUUGGUUCCGCCGUAGUAAGCAUCAUCAUGCGUCAAUACGACGACGCCAUUUCCAUCACGGUCGCCAUCAUGAUCGUGGUCACCGUCGCCUUCGUUCAAGAAUAUCGCUCAGAGAAGUCGCUCGAAGAACUUAAUAAACUCGUCCCGCCUACUUGUAACUGCCUCCGCGAAGGCAGCAUCGAGCACUUCCUCGCCCGAAACCUGGUUCCCGGCGACAUAGUCCAUCUCAACGUUGGCGAUCGAGUUCCAGCCGACUUACGACUAUUCGACUCAACGGAUUUGGCUAUAGACGAAAGUUCCUUUACUGGGGAAACUGAGCCGGCUGUGAAGAAUAUAUUACCGAAUAAAGCGGCGGCUGGGAGGGUUAAUAAGGAUAAUAUAGCGUUUAUGGGAACGCUGGUCCGGUGCGGUAAUGCUAAGGGUAUUGUGGUCAGCACGGGCGAGCGCUCCGAAUUCGGCGACAUCUUCCGAAUGAUGCAAGCCGAAGAGGCCCCUAAGACCCCGCUGCAGAAGUCCAUGGACACCCUCGGGGCCCAGCUGUCCCUGUACUCCUUCUGCAUCAUCGGCUUUAUCAUGGUGGCGGGCUGGCUUCAAGGGAAAGCCCUGCAGGAGAUGUUCACCAUUAGUGUCAGUUUGGCUGUCGCUGCGAUUCCUGAGGGGCUACCCAUCGUGGUGACGGUCACUCUUGCGUUGGGUGUGAUGCGGAUGGCGAAACGCAACGCGAUCGUGAAGAAACUGCCCACCGUUGAGACACUCGGCUGUGUUAAUGUCAUUUGCAGUGACAAGACCGGAACGCUAACAAAGAACGAAAUGGCAGUGACCUGCAUGUCGACUUCCGGCGGCCAUAUCGCGGAAGUUCGCGGCGCGGGCUACAACGCUCGCGGCGACAUCCAACUUCGUGCUUACAAAGGACGAGACUUGGAUGUAGCAAGAUCCGCUCUACAGACCAUGCUCGAGGUGGGCGUCCUAUGCAACAACGCGGUCAUCCGCGACGAAACUCUAUACGGGCAGCCGACAGAGGGCGCUUUACUCGCGGCGGCCAUGAAGAACGGGAUGGAUGACGUCAGAGAACAAUAUACCAGGCUUCAUGAGAUACCAUUCAGUUCAGAAACGAAGAUGAUGGUAGUGAAAUGCGCCCCAAAAUUUAACGAUGGCAAGAUGAAAGAAGAGGUGUUUGUAAAGGGGGCUAUCGAGAAGAUAUUACCGCUGUGCACCCAGUAUAUUGAUAGCGCGGGCAACUAUUCGCCAGUCACUAAAGAAAAGCAGAACGAUUUUAUGACUGAGGCGUACAAUAUUGGGAGAAUGGGUCUCAGAAUCAUAGCUUUAGCUCGCGGCGCAUCGCUCGACGCGCUCACAUACACCGGAGUGUGCGGAGUGUGUGACCCCCCGCGGCCCGGCGUGUGCGACGCCAUAGCGACUCUACGUAGAGCCGCCGUCGAUGUCAAGAUGUUGACGGGAGACGCCAGGCCUACUGCCCUCGCUGUUGCCCAAAUGGUGGGCCUAGACGUGCUCCACUCCCAAUCUCUCUCCGGCGACCAGUUGGAUACAAUGCCGGACGACGAGUUGGACCGAGUCAUCGAUUCUGUCAGCGUGUUCUACCGAGUCACGCCGAAACACAAGCUGUCCAUCGUCAAGUCACUUCAACGACUAGGAAAUAUUGUCGGGAUGACUGGGGACGGAGUAAACGACGGCGUGGCGUUAAAACGCGCUGACAUCGGCAUUGCUAUGGGCAACGGCACGGAUGUGUGUAAGGAGGCCGCCGAUAUGAUACUAGUGGACGAUGACUUCGCUACCAUCAUCGCCGCGAUAGAAGAAGGCAAAUGCAUCUUCUACAACAUCCGCAACUUCGUCCGCUUCCAACUGUCCACCUCAAUCGCGGCGUUAUCGCUUAUCGCUCUCGCUACGCUCAUGGGCAUACCCAACCCGCUCAACGCCAUGCAGAUAUUGUGGAUAAAUAUUAUUAUGGAUGGUCCCCCAGCGCAGUCCCUCGGCGUCGAACCGGUCGACCACGAGGUGGUCCGCCGCCGGCCAAGAGACACGACACGAAGAAUCAUCUCCCGAGCUCUCCUUGCUAAUGUGUUACUGUCGGCUGCCAUCAUUAUUGCUGGGACGCUGUGGGUGUUUAACAGAGAGAUGUCAGACAACAAGAUCACACCCCGCGACACAACCAUGACAUUCACCUGUUUCGUCCUGUUCGACAUGUUCAACGCUCUCUCAUGCCGCUCCCAAACAAAGUCGGUAUUCCAAGUGGGGCUGUUCUCAAACAAGAUGUUCCUGGCGGCCGUGACCUUGAGUCUGGUGGGCCAGAUGCUGGUCGUGUACUUCCCGCCGCUGCAGAGGGUGUUCCUCACCGAGUCACUUACUGGUCAUGAUAUAAUCUUCCUAGUAUGCCUAACGUCGAGCGUAUUCAUCGUAAGCGAAAUAAAGAAAUUAGUGGAGCGCUCGCUCAAGAAGCGUUCUUUUGGCAAGUUCCCGACCAAGGCGCACGACGCGCUGGACUUCGUAUGACAGGAGGAGCGGAAGGAGCAAUAAGCCACGACGCACUCAAAGAAACUUGUGGCGACACGGACAAUAUGAAUAACUUAUGUCAACCAACAUCCUCAGUGCACCUUGGAGAAUCUUCAUCAAACGACUUUAGAGUUUCAAACGUGGUUCUAUCUGAUAGUGAUAAUUUUGUGCAACUUGGAGACUCUUCAUCAGGCGCGCAACUCGUUUCAAGCGACCCCGCGCAACACAUAGAUUCAGACGUGUUUCAAUCCCAUAAUGAUCAUUUCGUGCGCCUUAGCAACUCUUCAUCAAGUGAGGACCCCUUACUUAGAGAUUCAAAUGUGUUUCUAUCUCAUAGUGAUAAUUUUGUGCGACUCGGAGACCCUUCAUCAAGCAAAGUCCCCAAGCAUACAGUUUCAAACGUGAUACAAUCUCAUAAUGAUAAUUUCGUGCACCUCCGCGACUCUUCAUCAAGUGAUCCGGUCCAACUUAGGGUGUCCGAUGUGUUUUUAUCUCGUAGUGACAAUGAGUACGCUAAAGAUUUGUAUAGAGCGGUCAAUAGGGAUGAUAGUGAAUGUUUUAGUAACUGGCUUGGUGAACCUUUGGAUGGCGAGAACAAGAUUCUGAUUGAGUAAAUUUCAGUGCAAAGAUUUUUACGUCUUUCUUGUUCUUGUAUGUAUGAAGAAAUGUAUGUUUACUUCCCGAAUUGACUGCCAGUUUUGUGACGCCUUAUCACAUAGAUUUUGUAUGGAACGUCACAGCACUGACUCAAUUUUGUAUGGAAAUUCAGAUCACUAUUUGUUUGAAAUCUCAAGUCUAAAUUUAAAAUAUGUUUAAUAUAAUAAAUUAGCAUUGUUCGAAGACAUCUUAUUUUGGAAUCCAUAAAUAUUUAUUUGAAGUCUAGUUUUCAAGAUAUCUAAUAAAUUAUUAAGCUGUAAAAGUAGUCAAAAUUUCUGUUUGUAAAACUCAUAUUUGAAGGGUCUAAAAUAAUAUUACAGAUUUAGUGCAUAAUCAUUUUCCAUCGUUUUUUCACGGAAACGUACGAACGUGUCUUGCUAUUUCAGUCAGUAUAGGUACAAAAAGUACUGAAGUUGCCUGAAGUAGCAUGACAAAUACGAACGUUUCCGAGAAAAUACGAUGGAAAGCAAUUACAUCUGUAAUACUAUUUUUUGGUAUCUCGCAGUAUAGCAACAUCGACAUGUGAGAUUCUUGGUUCUACAAGUCUAAUGAUAAAAUUAUUUAAAUGAAAUAAAACUACAAUAUACAAUUGUAAAACACAUUGUACCAAGUAUGCAGAACAGUAAUACCUAGAGUCAGACCAAGAAUAGUCUGCAGCGGAUUUGAUAGCCCACGCAGUGAAAGUGUUAUUUUAAACGUCAAACUUCUAUAAAAUUAUGACGUAAAAUUGACACUUGCACUGAGUGGGCUAUCAAAUCCGCUGCAGACUUUUUUUGGUCCGACUUUAGUUAUUUAAAUUUAAUAUUUUUUGUACAACAGAGACGCAACCAUAUAAUGCGUCUCUCGUGGACAAGAACUAUAUUACCUAAUCGAAUGCAAUUAAUUACUUUAUUUCGUACGGCCAGAGAAGUAGCUAACUGGGCAAGAUGUCCAAAAUGAUCUACGCACGUUCUUAUUCUCUUAACAAUAAAUUUGUAUUUAGUUUAUUUUGAACACCUAGCCCGCUUAGACAUUUCUGCUGAUUUGUGCCUGUUUGCAUGUCGAAAUACUUUUACGAGAUACUUAUUUAAAAAAGGACCUAGUUGCAUGUAGUUAAGGUCCAUUUUGAAAUGAAAGAACACAACAUUAAAUACUAUCGCAUAAGAGGUGACAUCUAGUGGAAGAAAUUAGUAACAUAAUAUUUUCCUAUUCAUUUUAAUUUAUUUUUCUACGGUUUUUGUGAAUGCCUCAGUAUUUUGUCGAAUUUUUAAACUAUUAUUUAUUUGUAAGUGUAAUUUAAUAAAUAUGUUGUGAUUAUGAUUUUUUUAAGUAAAUGAAUUUUAGUUUUUAGUUUUGUACUAAUUGCUGGAUUAUAUUCGUCUUAUUUUUUACUGUGGCAUGUUUUUAGUACUUAGAGCAUUUCAUAACUGGAGUCGCAUUUAAGAGCUUACCCCUCUGUAGAAAACCUUGCACAAAUUUGGCAGACUGUUUUGUACAGAAAAUGACAGCCAUGACGUCUCCAUUUACAAAAUGCUCUAAGUUUUAGUAGGAUCUAACAUUUGUAAGGUAUAUUAGAACCAAAUCAACUAACGUAGCAUUUCUACCUUCUUUAAAAUAAACUCAAUGUAAAUAAAAUUAAUUAUAGAACGGCCUAGCUUGUUCGAUCUUUUUUUUUAAUAUUUAAAUAUGUAGUAUUUGUUAAAUUCGCUUAGGGAUUUGAUGCGUAAACACUAGUUUUGGCUUAGAACAACUUCUUAACGCUACGCUCGUAGCGGAUCCCAGCGUUUUCCCGCUUUGUAGAGGAAAGCGACAGAACACGCCGAGCGGAUUCUCAGCACUCAAUGUGAUUAGGGUGAUUCUACGGAAAGAGUAAUGAAAUGAAAUCGUGACUCGCGUUACUUGGAAUUACCCGUUACGUAAUAUAGUAAGUUUUUUUUAGUAUUCCAUAUUUUAUUUAAUCAACUGAUAUGUACAUCUUUGUUAUACAUAACAAAAUCUUAUGUGAAGAACAUCAUCCAUCAUUUUCUGUUUAGUAAAUUACCAGAGAGUUGGGUACAAGUGCUAGCUUAUUUGAAGGCCAAGCCAAGAUGACAAUUGUAUGCAGAAAACGAUACGAAACAGCAAGAUAAACGUAAAUAACGAUUAACGUCAGGCGUGGCUCACUCCGCGAUUUCGUCGCGUCGCUACAAGUACAUGCGGCCCACACCAAUAUUGGUGUCUAGCAGUAGUCGUUGCCGCGCACCGCUAUGGAACGUACGCCUGCGCGCUACUCGCGCCACAUCUGUCGUAAUAGACGCGUUUUGUUAGACAGUGCACCUUCUGUAUCUAGUAUGAUUAUUUAUUCUCUGAUAACGUAUAGUAAUGGUAGCUUUUCGUAUGCUUUUCUGCAAACGAUUGUCACCUUGGCUAGGCCCCCUCAUCAGAUUUUGUGAACAUCUCAAGUAAGAAGAGUUAGAAUAAAUAAUAUUUAUAUAGCCGUAUAGGGUCUCAUAAUAUAAGUAUUCAAAUUAAUAUUUAUUCUAUUCAAUCUUUAGGUAGGAACUGAAUUUAUAAAUCAUUUAACAAAAGCUGGACGAAUAUUAAAAAAAAUGUGACGUUCCACAGGUAAAGGUCCCUUAUGGCGGUUUGCACUUACGCUAUUAUUAACGACGCUCCAAUAACUACUAAUGCGGUGCUACGUGACGUAAGCGCUGAACGCCAUAAGGUACCCUUUCCCGUGGAACGUCACAUAUAGUCAGUUUGAGUUAACUUUGCAUUGACUUGAAUUGAACAAAGAGUGUCAUUAUUAACGUCAUAUUUUCAUAGAAAUUUGACAUUGCCAUAGUUUCUCAUUGCAAAUGCCAUGCACAGUUAGCUUGGUCCGACUAUUAUAAUAUUAAUUUUUCUCUCUUUCUGGCAAAUAGAGUGCAACAGAGACGAGGUUUACAGUAAUAGAUGAAUAUGAAAUUCAGCUUUUUUUUAAUGAUCUAAAUAUAAAUGUAUCAUUCCGAUAUUAGGUGAAAUGCAAAAUAGAUAACUGACAAAUAUAAUAAAAUAUUAAUAUUGUAUCAGUCUCGUUAUAAUUCAUCAAAUAAAUGGAAAUAUAUUAUUUCUACAAUUU